AUGCAAGGUUCGAUUUACAGCUCGCCAUUCCCAGCACUGAAUCCGCGAGUGAGGUAUAAAACUGCUUUGGAAAGAGCAGGCUUUGAUGUUUACCACAACCAUUCCCAUCCCGAAAGAGAGCCUGGUAGGCCCUACUUAGAAGGGAGGCACGUCAGCGAAGGUGGUAGGCGUUCUUUGGGGGCUCAUUCCGAGCCGCGUUUGGUCCAUACGCAACAAAAUAACGGGAACAGGGCUGUGAGUGCAAGAGAGCCGCAACAGAUCCCAUAUGGCUGGAAAACACCAGAUUUGCCCCGGGAGCAUUUUUCAAGUCCCCAAUUACAUAUUCCAGCAAGAGUUGAGUCUCCAGGCCGCGAAUCGGCGUUACAGUCGCGUCGUGCUGAAGCCGAUAAAAGAUCAACCGGGAACAAUCAACUUGAUCAGGAUCCAGGAUUCUCCACCAACAGAAGCGUCAGAUCCCGAGCAUCAGGACAUUCUGCCACUAGAAACCAACGGGACUCUUCUGUUUUUGAUUUUGAGAAUAAAAGGACAUCUGUCGACCCCGUAGAGAAAAGCUUUUUGCAAUUGACUCAGACAUCAAAUGAAAGCGACAGAUCUUCACAAGAACGAGGCUUCACACCCUAUGAAGUGGAUUCAACUACUUCUGCGGGUGUUAGCGAUGACGAAUUUAAGGAUGCCCAAAGCCACCACGCGUCGGCUGAUGAAGUACCAGGCAUGGCGAAAUGGCGCUCCAUUAUGCGUUAUAGUGAAGCCACACAUGAACAGUUGCAUCCUGAAGUUCCAGGAGACUACGACUUGAACGCUACUCCAGAUUCAAAACGAGUGUCUGAAUCCAGUAUAAGCUUUACGCCAGUCGCUGAAUUGCAUGUUAGGCUCUCAACUCAGGACCCACCGAGCUCACUCCCCGUGAUCAACAUAACAAACGAAGAUCGGAAAGACACAUUGUUGUCUCACUCUGAAGGGAAUGACAUUGACAGUCCUGAUGAGCGCUCACUGAAAUCACUGAACUUAGAACCAGAGCUUCCGUUGGCCUCGCUUGUUCAACAACAUCAACAACAACGACAACCGAGGUCUACUGAAAAGGAAGCUGAACCUAUGAAAGAAGAAAUAGAGGAUGAGUUAGAGGAAGCUGGUGAAGACUUUGAUCCCUCAUCGACUCUUAAAAGCUCCUUGCAGGUCGAAAAACUACUAGCCCAAUUAGAUGACACUUCAACCAAUCGUAAUCUCGCUGUAGGCGGUCCACGUCCUGACCUUGCUAGUCGUUUCAAAAAAUCCAGUGCAUACCUCUCUGGCUUCGUUCCGGCCCCAACGAGUGUCGACAUUGACGAUGCAUUGCAACCCAAUCCCAUUCUGCAACAAGAAGUUCUUAGAGCAGAAUCCUCAGUUGACAAUGCUCCAGAUUUCAAAUCGCAAACCAUACAUGUUCGAACCGAACCUGCUGUUUCACGCGACAGAAUCGAUUCUCCACCCGACUCCGAUGGGUCGCCGAUGUUUUUCAAGUUUCGAAAAGAUCUGGGUCCCCAUCGACAUACCUCUAGCGAUGGCGAAGCUGUAGAUGGUUACGCUGACGCCUUGAGACCAUCAGAAAGACUCAAGCUGUCCCUACAGACACCUAUCUCUCUCAAACAGCUUGAUGGGAUCGCAACAAAGAGAGAAGUAACUGGACCUGGAUCUAAAGAUAAGCCAGAUACCAAUGCCUCCGAGAGCGAAAAUGAAGUAUCUAAACAAUCUCCCAAGUUCCCACCAGGUCAGGGUCCUUGCCGAGCAUGCGGCUUGGAAGUGACCUCGAAAAGUAUCUUUUCAAAGAAAGAAAACGAACUAUCUGGACAGUGGCAUCGCCCAUGCUUUCGCUGCAUCAAGUGCGACGUCAAAUUCUCUAAACAUGUUCCAUGCUAUAUUUUGGACGACGAGCCGUAUUGCCAAUUGCAUUAUCACACUGCGAACAACAGCAUUUGUCAGAUCUGCUACAAUUUCAUUGAGGGCGAGUGUCUAGAAAACGAUAGAGAUGAACGCUUUCACGUAGAAUGCUUAAGAUGUUUCAAGUGUCGGGAAUUUAUUCACGAGGAUUACUACCUGUUCAACAACGAGCUACCGCUGUGUCACAACCACGACAUCGAGGCUCUCAAACUUGAAGUACUGAGCGAGUUCGGAGAUACUACUACAAUCUCCAAGAGAAGAACGCGAAUCGUGAAUUUCAGCGGAGAGAAUUGA